GGCGGGGGCUCGCGUACUCUCGCGAGAGGCAGGAAAGAGCGCAGGGUUUGAAACAUGGCGGACGACGUGGAUCAGCAACAAACUACCAACACCGUAGAAGAGCCCUUGGAUCUGAUCAGGCUCAGCCUGGAUGAGCGAAUUUAUGUGAAAAUGAGAAAUGACAGAGAGCUUCGAGGUAGAUUACAUGCUUAUGAUCAGCAUUUAAAUAUGAUAUUGGGAGAUGUAGAAGAAACUGUGACUACUAUAGAAAUUGAUGAAGAAACAUAUGAAGAGAUAUAUAAAUCAACAAAACGGAAUAUCCCGAUGCUCUUUGUCCGGGGAGAUGGUGUUGUACUAGUUGCCCCUCCAUUGAGAGUUGGCUGAAACAAAGGAUUUAUCCAUGUGGAAAAUAGUGUGUAUGAUUGCUUCUUUAAAUGUAGAAGAUAUUCAAAAGAGAAGCCUGCCUAGAUUUUGAUAUUAAGAAAUGACCAAGGAUUCUUCCACACCCGAAAUGAGUUGAUAUGCAGAUAACUCACAAAUUCUUAAGCAAAAUGGCAUGUUUAUUUUUCUCCACCCCUUCCAAUAAAUGUGAUCACCAAGAUGCAGAA